UGACACUGCCUGGUAUAGAGGUCCUGGAUGACGUACUGGGCCAUAUGCACUACCCUCUGAGAUAGAGAUUUCUGGAGGGGUGGGCGGGGAAUGGGUGAAAACUCGACCGCCCCCCGAAAUGUAAACUCGUCAGCUCGACAGCCACUACAAAGUAUAAACUACCGAUCGCUGUCCAUGGUGUUGAAAUGGCAACAUGUCUAUGCUGCCGCCCAUCAUAUCGAUGAUUGGCUUUCUGUGGUGCCAGGGCAUGUAGCCUAUAGCUUUGCUCUAGCUAAUGUUUAUUGGGUCGGCCUAUUUGUUCAUAAUUGUAGUAUUGGUGAUCUAUAUCCGACUUACCUAGUUAAAUAAAAGGUUAAAUAAAAUACAAAUAUAUGAGUUACUAUGCUGUUACUAAGCAUGAAUGUAUGACGGGAGUGUUAUGUUACAACACCCAAUUGGAAGUGCACAUGCUCUUUUCUAACUGUACUGCCGUCUCCUGCCUGGUCAUUUUCUCCACAACACAAAUAUUACAAUCAUGUUCUCAUGUUAAGCCUAAUAUUUCAGGAAGCUAUACACACGGUGUAGCAAUGAUACCAAUCAUUUAAUUACUUGUUCAGUGACUAAAGUUGGAAAUUCAAACAUUGCAGAUUGUAAAAUAAAUAUUUGAUACAACAACAUAUUAAUCAGCUACCAAUUAUUUUUUUCAUUGUAUUUAUACAACUGUCCUGUAUAGGCUACCUGAACCUGCAUGACAUGAGCUGUUCUCGCGCUCUCUCCCAGCUUGGAUAGAAAGUUGUUGUGCAUACCAACUAGUCUAUUAAUGCCAAAUAAUACAGUCCCUCACAACUAGCUACCUAGGGAUUGAUUCAUUAUGCAGUGAAGCCUAUAGCUAUAUACUGUAUUUAGCAGCUAUUUAUACACUUGUAAAAAUUACACAUCAAAUAGCUUAUCAAUUAGGAAAAAAACUAGACUUGAGGAUAAAUUCAGCCACUAUUUAUUGUUGAACUUGCCUACACAAAUGGACUGGAACAUUCAAGGUAAAUUUAAUCAAAUGAAAUGAAUUACAACUUGAGAGACCCCAAGUCAUCUGAAGUCCUCAUUGCUGCUUCUGUCUCUGUCUGUGUCUCUUUCUCUCUUUGUUUCUCUUCUAAAAAAGUAUAUCUGUGUCUGUGCUUCUCUGUUUUUUCUAUGUAGAGGCCCAUAGGAGUUAUAUAUAUUUUUUUGUGCAAAUGUUUUCACCACGGUCUUUAAGUCCAGGUUGCAGGCCCGACUGUUUUCUAUGAGUAUUGCCAACCCAGACAUACUUUCCUGAGACAUUGUACAUUAUAUUGUAUGUCCAUUGCGUUGGACACAAUUUAAACUUAGUCUUGAAUGAUGUAUGCAACCACACAACUCAAACGCUGGUUCACCAGUGUGAACGAAAUCGCAAACCUCUUCUGUUCAAGCCCUCAACUUGUUGUCCAUUAAUGGUAAUCUGUUUGCAUCCGUCAAUUGAUUGGCAUUCCAGUGUCUAGACAACCUGUCCCCAGAGCUUCCUGUACAGUUAUUCUCUUUCCCGUAACGUGUUCAGGCCGGCAAUUAAGGAGAACAAGAGGCUUCAGAACUGUUGCAGAACUGCUGUAUUUGAAACACCACCCCCCCUUUCUGCCCAGUUCCCCUGGUGUUGCUACGGCAAUCAAGCUGUUUUUACCCUCCCUGUAACUGUCGCUUCCGCAGAGACAUUUCUCUUCUGAACUAAAACUCCUAAAGAAGUACCUGAGAAGCAUUAGGCUCUCGCUCUGAUAUGCGCUUCUGAACACCUGAGUAAGCACCACUCAUUGCACUGGCGCCGUCGUAGCCUUGACCACGGCAUUUGUUCACCCCUUUCAAUCAGUUAAAUAUUUUCUUUUCCAAGGCCUGAGGCACUCUUUAAGUCACAUUCCUGAAGCCCAAGAAACUAACACUUAGCUUCCUAGAACAUAUGGAAAUGAAAAAGGUUUAUGAAUGACGUUUUGGAGGUUUACUGUCAAAAUGAUUUCUUCAAUGAAACAAAUAGACGUGGACACCAGGUGGUGGGCCCUCUGAGCUCAUGGGCCCCCUACCUUGUGGGGGCCUGCUGGGGUGUCCGGUAUGCCAGUGACAUGCACACCUGCACAUACACAUUACACACACUCUCAAACUCAUUCAUAAGGAGAGGAGAUGUGGAACAUAAUGAGUUAUUCUUAUUGUGAAGACCUUCUCUCUCUCUUGAGCUCAGGUAUGUUAUUUUUGUGAACGAGAAGAGAAGCUGCAGCUGAGAGAGGAGCACCCGGACCUCCCCUUCACUGAGAUCAGCCGCAUGCUGGGGCUGCAGUGGUCCCAACUGGGCCCCAACGACAAGCAGAAGAAGAACCAAGAGGCAGAGAAGGACAAGCAGCAUGACAUCACAGGGCUGACAGACUACCAGAACACUGAGGCAUACAAAGACUUCCUGCGGAAGAAAGCCCUGAGCAGGGGACCAAAGCUCUGUGGACCCCAGGGAGCUGACACUGAGAUGGAGGAGGAGACCAUGGCUCCGGAUCCCAUAGAUAGUAACUUAACUGCUCCUCUUUCUACACAAGCCAUUCUGACCUUCACUUUGACCAGGGACGGGCAUCUUUGAUGGGGUGGGGGCCACAAAAAACGGAACUCAUCAUGAGGGGCAGCAGGGGCUCGUGUUCGUACCCCCCUCCUUACGAGCAAAACAUUUUAGCUGCCCCCUUCGUGACAGCGAAGAGUUUGUAGUUUCGUUCUUCCAAUUCUCCAAUUCUGCACAUUUUGCCAUAGGGCUGAGAGAAACAUUUGCAGUUUUACAGCUAAUUUCAUGCAAUUCUGCACAUCUUGCAAUAGGGUGGAGGCAAAUGUUUGCAGUUUUUAAUAUGAUACCUGUUGAUCAAUGGGCCUUACCCUGGUCGAUAAUUCGACCAGGCUUAAUUACUACAGCUCCCACAUUCAAAUUUAAGUUGAGACCCCGACUGAGUUCCAAAAACAAACAUGUUU